AUGGCGGAAUUUUCCGACGUUGGAGCAUUCUGUAGCAUUUGUGGCCAACAGGAUUUUCUGCCACAGAAGUGCGGCGACAAGGUGUUUUGCGAAAGUUGCUUCCGAAAUCGAAGACACGCCAUACUAGACGAAGCCAAUGGAGGAAUGGAUGAGGAGCAGCACGACCUGUACACUACAACAGAACAGCCGCCAAAAAGACUCACAGACGGAGGCAGCAGCUCGUCCACCUCGGCGCCGCGCCUGUUCUGCGUGGCAUGCAAGCAGAAGCUGAUUCCAGAGAAGGCUGUGCAGUGUGACAUUUGCGAGCAGACCACGUGUUUCAAGCACCGCUACGAGGAUGAGCACCCGUGCUUUGAGUUUUUCACCGACCUCACGAGCAAAUACGGCGCCACGAAGACGGCCCAGAAAAUCAGCGACGAGCAAUGGGACUUGCUAGAGAAGGUGUUCACGAAUGUGGUGAAAAAGCAGGACGACAAGUACCGGUUUCUGAAGCGCAGCAACGAGACGCUGAAGCGACUGAUUUUCACCUCGAUUCCCAUGAUGCGAAUCCUAACCGUCCUAGGCUUUGUGGCGGACCCCUCCGUAGGGCUAACCCUGCCGGUGAAGAAAGUUCCCCGGGUAGCGCGCGUGUUUCAGCAAUGGAAAAGUCGGCUGUCGGAGUUUCGGGAAAAGGCCGAGGACACGCUGCUCCUCGCAAGCAAAUCCACACUCGUGGCUUCAUCGUCCAAGGAAACUAUGCGGCCUCAGGGAGGAGCAGUUAUGCCGACCGGAGCGAGCGCACCAAGCAAUGGUGCGCUAGUACCGCGAGGAAGUGUUGGAACAACCAGUAGCGACGCCACUCCCGAGAAUGUUCGUGACGACUUUUUGCCGCCGGUAAGACUCAAAGCGAGCGCUGCGGAAGAUUCGGUAUCAGCGGCCGCGACCGCAACGCAAGUGAGCCAGAACAGAAACGAAAGGGGGUCCGCAGUGGCAGCUGCAAUCACCUCCAAUAUCGCCGCAAGUUCGAGAGCAGCGCCGCCUCCAGAGACGACUUUUCAAGGACCGCUCGCUGGGCGAGGUCCUCAGCAUCAGCAAAAUCAAUCUACUCCCGCUGCGGUUGCGGGAAUGCAGCAACCAGCUGGAGGAUCGGCUGCACCCGCUGUCAAAGCCGGCGCAAAGACGAUGUCUGAAGCAGACAAGCUUGCAGAGUUGCGCGAGUUGCGGAAACAGCAGUACAAACAAAAUCGAGGGGUUGCGCAAGGCUCGAGUUCGGGCAGUGCGAAUCCGAAUUCCGCAACUAGUGAGGAAGACAGCAAUUGUGUGUGUAUGUGA